CUCCCUCCUGCUGUUACUUUAUAUGAAAUCGCAGGUGUUUACGUUUGUUAUUUGGCGUGAAGAAACGGGGUCGUGUUCGUAAGGUUACUUUCGAUUUCCUUGGAUUUCGUGGAAAUAGAAACCAACAUAAACGGCAGCGCCAUGGACAAUGGAUUGUACAUGCCAGCAAAAAUACAAGAGGAUCAUUUCAACAAAAUCAAGGAUGUGUUUGCCUCUGAAAGCCCUGAAGAAAUUCCCCACCGGCUUAUGUCUCUUUUGAAGGCUUUUGACCAUUUUAAGAUAGAUAUCGCUGUGACUGGAGAGUCUGGUGCAGGAAAGUCUUCUCUUAUCAAUGCAAUCCUCGGAUUGAAUCCUGAUGACACAGGGGCUGCUCCAACUGGAGCUGUGGAAACCACACAGCAAGCAACCAUGUAUCAGCAUCCAAAUCUCCCACACAUCAGACUGUGGGAUCUUCCAGGGAUGGGCACCCCUUCCUUUGCAUCCAAGAGUUAUGUAAAGACAAUGAACUUUGACCUAUAUGACAUGUUCAUGGUUGUGAUAUCAGAGAGAGUCAGAGAAAACAACAUGCUGUUGAUUGAUGAAAUUGAGCAACGAAAGAAGCCAUUUUAUUUCAUUAGAACAAAAAUUGAUAAUGAUGUGCGUAGAAAGAAAAGCAAAUUCUCUCAAAUACGUGCAUUGGAUCAAAUGAGACAAGACUGUGAGAAAUAUCUGAAGGAGAAGAAACUGGACCCCCAUGUGUUCCUAGUGUCAUCCCAUGACACAGAAAAGUAUGAGAUGCAGAAGCUCAUGGACACUUUUAAGGUUGAGGUUUCUCAACUUAAAGCAGAGGUGUUUUCAGAUUUUCUGGACAAGAUGUUACAUGGAGGAUGGAUAAAGGCAAGGUAUGCUACGAAUCACAUCCAACAGACUGGGAAACUUGAAACAGAGGACAUCACAGCAUUGCAGGUUAUGUAUAAGCGCACAGGCUUUGGAGCUGUGAAAGUCAGUGCUGUUCUGGAGGCUUUGAGUCACUUUCAGCUAGAUGUGGCCGUUUUGGGCGAGACAGGCUCUGGAGCGUCCACUUUGGUAAAUGCCUUAAUUGGGCUGAAGAAUGAAGAGUGUGGUGCGGCUUCAGCAUCCAUCAGCAACCCAGCAAUGAGUCUGAGAUACCCAGAUGUCCGGUUCUGGGACAUAUCCGGCAUAGAGGCAGUCAUGGAUUACUCGAUGUAUGAAAUGAAAGCUGUGACUGGAGAGUCUGGUGCAGGAAAGUCUUCUCUUAUCAAUGCAAUCCUCGGAUUGAAUCCUGAUGACACAGGGGCUGCUCCAACUGGAGCUGUGGAAACCACACAGCAAGCAACCAUGUAUCAGCAUCCAAAUCUCCCACACAUCAGACUGUGGGAUCUUCCAGGGAUGGGCACCCCUUCCUUUGCAUCCAAGAGUUAUGUAAAGACAAUGAACUUUGACCUAUAUGACAUGUUCAUGGUUGUGAUAUCAGAGAGAGUCAGAGAAAACAACAUGCUGUUGAUUGAUGAAAUUGAGCAACGAAAGAAGCCAUUUUAUUUCAUUAGAACAAAAAUUGAUAAUGAUGUGCGUAGAAAGAAAAGCAAAUUCUCUCAAAUACGUGCAUUGGAUCAAAUGAGACAAGACUGUGAGAAAUAUCUGAAGGAGAAGAAACUGGACCCCCAUGUGUUCCUAGUGUCAUCCCAUGACACAGAAAAGUAUGAGAUGCAGAAGCUCAUGGACACUUUUAAGGUUGAGGUUUCUCAACUUAAAGCAGAGGUGUUUUCAGAUUUUCUGGACAAGAUGUUACAUGGAGGAUGGAUAAAGGCAAGGUAUGCUACGAAUCACAUCCAACAGACUGGGAAACUUGAAACAGAGGACAUCACAGCAUUGCAGGUUAUGUAUAAGCGCACAGGCUUUGGAGCUGUGAAAGUCAGUGCUGUUCUGGAGGCUUUGAGUCACUUUCAGCUAGAUGUGGCCGUUUUGGGCGAGACAGGCUCUGGAGCGUCCACUUUGGUAAAUGCCUUAAUUGGGCUGAAGAAUGAAGAGUGUGGUGCGGCUUCAGCAUCCAUCAGCAACCCAGCAAUGAGUCUGAGAUACCCAGAUGUCCGGUUCUGGGACAUAUCCGGCAUAGAGGCAGUCAUGGAUUACUCGAUGUAUGAAAUGAAACAACACCUGAAUUGUUAUGACUUCUAUAUCAUCAUUGUAUCAGACUGGCAGAAAGCACGGCAUUUAAAACUAGCCAAAGAGGUUGAAAAAUUAAGGAAGCAUUACCUCUUGGUCCAGACCAAAAUUGACUGUCAUCUACAGACUCAAAGUGACUUGUGCUGUGAUGAGACUGAGAUACUUGAUGGGCUUCGGGCACAAUAUACCCAGGAGCUUCAGACGGCAAAACUGUCUGAACAGCAGAUGUUUCUCAUCAACAGUCUUGACAGAUGUGCAUUUGACUUUGUAGGUUUGGAAAGUGCACUCUCCAGUGACCUCAACACUGUCAGGACAAGUGCUUUUGCAUAUUAUAUAGCAAGAACAGUAAAGAAACGUAUAUAUAAAAAAACAUAGAAAUAUCUCUUUGAAAUAUAUGAAGAAAAUGCUAGAGAGGCACCACGUUUUGCUAAGAUUGCUUUGUCCUAAUUAUUGCAAAAGAAUAGAAGAUACACAGUUGGGAAACAGACAAUUAUUUGUAGAAUUUGGUCUGCAGUAAAAAUAUGUGAACUGUUGAUCUCAAUAUACUGUUGUAAUAUAUGUUUGUAUUAAUUGUAAUAACUGCAGUUUUCUAAGU